AUAUUUAACAAAAAAAAAAAAAUCCCACAAAAACCCUAAGCCCAAAUUAAACGCUAGCAGCUCACUCCCUCUCCCUUUCUCCAUUUUCGCCGUUAUUUCACAUUUACUUUCUCAAAAACCCCAUCGCCAUGGGCGUAAACGAAGGCGAAUCCGCCAUGUCAUCGUUUCUCGAAACAUGCAAGCUUUUAGACCAAAGUUCCUCAGCUCUAUCCACUGUUGCCGUAGCAGUUGCUGCCCUCUCUUGCGAGGCCGCAAGGGCCAACUUAUCAGCCUUCGACUUAACCGAUUCCGGCGAUGGAUCCGUCGCCAAAGAUGACAUCGGAGUAGCUAGCGACAUCAAAGUCUUACUCAACGGUUCCAAAUUGGUAGCAAGUUUUAGCAAAGGUGAUGAUAAAUUUAGCACUAAUUCGUUUUCUAAGAUUCCCGCUGUUAAUGGAAAUGUGAGGGAAGCGGUGAAGAGUAUGCAUUCUGUUAUUCGGGUGGUUGCAAAUUCGGGAGAUAAGUUAGGGGGAAAAGUUUUGCAUUUGGGGUUUGAGUUAAGGAAUUUGGGGGAGAGUAGUUUGGAAAGAGUAAGAUUGAAUUUUGAUUCAGUGGGGGUUGAGGGUCUAAAGGGUAUUUUUGAAAAGGAUUGUUUAAGUGAGGAAAGUUUGAGAAAUGGGAUCAAAUUGGCUGUGGAAGCAGGGAUGGAGAAAGAUUAUGUGAAAGUGGUGAAGGAGGUGGAUUUGGUUUUGGGAAUUGUGUGGAAAAUUGUUGCGUGGGAGGCUGUGACCGCGUUUUUCGUGCUUGAAGGUGUGGAGGUUUUGAAUGAGAAGAGUGGUGGAAAAGGAGGAGAGGCUGCUAGAGGGAAUGUAAAAGCAGAAAAGAAGAAGAAAAAGAAAGUUUUGUUGGGGAAGGGAACUAGUGUUAUUGUGGAGGUGAUUAAGGAUAUGGUGGUGAGUAAGGGAGACGGUUUAGAGAAAGUAGUGGAGGAAUUUUUAUCGUUUUUAGAUCCGAAAAGUCCUGAGUUGGAUGGUUUGUUGAAGAAGGUGAAAGAAAUUUUGGAGAGCAAUGAAAGUAGAAGAAUCCCCAAGACUCCUAAGGGUACCCGUGAUUUUGCUAAAGAGCAAAUGGUGAUAAGAAAGAAAGCAUUCUCUAUUAUAACAAAGGUUUUUGAGAGGCAUUGUGCCACAGCCCUGGAUACUCCUGCUUUUGAAUUGAAGGAGACUCUUACUGGAAAAUAUGGGGAGGAUUCGAAGUUGAUUUACGAUCUUGCAGACCAGGGUGGAGAGCUUUGUUCUCUACGAUAUGACUUAACCGUUCCAUUUUCUCGGUAUGUGGCCAUGAAUGGUCUCACGUCAUUUAAAAGAUACCACAUGGAUAAGGUUUGGAGAAGGGAUAACCCAUCUAAAGGGAGAUAUCGAGAAUUUUAUCAAUGUGAUUUUGAUAUUGCUGGCCAAUUUGAAAAGAUGGGACCAGACUUUGAGGUCGUUAGAAUUUUGUCUGAAGUACUCAAUGCGCUAAACAUUGGGGACUAUGAAAUAAAAUUGAAUCACCGAAAGUUGCUGGAUGGAGUGCUGGAAAUCUGUGGUGUGCCACCAACAAAGUUUAGAACUAUUUGUUCAAGUAUUGACAAGCUAGACAAACAAUCUUUUGAGCAAGUUAAAAAGGAAAUGGUGGAAGAAAAGGGGUUAUCUGUUGAGACGGCAGAUAAAAUUGGCACUUUUGUGAAGAUAAGAGGACCUCCUUUGGAAUUAUUGUCAAAGAUUAUGGGAGGAAGUGAGGGUAGUGAGCUUCUUGAGCACAGUGCCUCCAAAGAAGCAUUAGGUGACUUGUCAGUUUUAUUUGAUGCUCUGGAUAAAUCAAGGUGCAUAGACAAAGUGGUUUUUGAUUUGAGUCUUGCCAGAGGUCUUGAUUAUUAUACUGGAGUCAUAUUUGAAGCUGCUUUCAAAGGAGGUGUGCAGGUUGGUUCAAUUGGUGCUGGUGGACGAUAUGAUAAUCUGAUAGGAAAUUUUGGCACAAAGCAGGUUCCGGCUGUUGGUAUGAGUCUUGGAAUUGAGCGAGUGUUGACUAUAAUGGAAGAGAAAGCACAAAACCAGACAUUCCGAGCUUCAGAAACCCAAGUAUUGGUGGCUGUCCUGGGGGAUAAACUAUCUGUAGCGGCAGAGCUGGUUAGCGAGCUGUGGGAUGUAGAUAUUAAAGCAGAAUACAAGGUCCAUAAAAAGGUGAUGAAGCACAUUGAAUAUGCUAUAGACUCAAAGAUCCCUUGGAUGAUUAUUGUGGGUGAGCGAGAGCUGGAUGAAGGGAUUGUGAAACUGAAGAACAUUGAAACCACCAAUGAGGAAGUAAUUCCUAGAAGUAAACUUGUUGAGCAACUACAGCAGCGAUUGAACCCAUGAAAAGGGUCCUUCACGAUUGGAGACCAUUCUUCUAUUUUAUCACAUGUAGUUUCUUAAUAUUUUUUGUUUAUGAGCAUACAAAUACUUUAGGAGUUCAGGUAUUGCAAAUGAAAGUGUUGUGGGGAAUAUGGUUUAAACUUUGUGCAUUCCAAUUGUACCAUAUGAGCAGAAGAAAUGUUAUUGUUUUGGAAUCCUUGAGACCUUUGCAAAUGUUUUAUAUGCAUCCUCAUCAGGUUUUAUGAUUUUACCCGAUUGAGGCUGAUUUGGCUCGACGCAUCUUCAAAAAGCACUGCCGAUUCCGGUUAGUCAUCAGCUGGAUUUGGCCAAGAUGUCCAUUGUUUGCGGUCUGGAUCCGGGUGAAAUUACGCCUUGGGUUUUAAGGCGGAUUUCAGCUUGUACAGGUCGAUUAGGCUAGCUCCAGAUCGUCUCCAGCCUAUCGACGUGGAAUCUUGCCUUGUCUGAUUAGACUUGAUUACGAAUGGCAAUUU